UGUUUAAAUAAUUUGAAGGAAUCCACAGUUGGUCGGUGCCGAAGAAGGUCUGCGGGUCGGGUCUGCGGAUGCGGAUCUUCGGAUUUCUUCUGUGAUUGAAGCUGUUUUCCAUCUGGAACUUGAUGCGUUCCUUGUGACCAACCACUUUUAUCUCACAUUAUCACAUUGGGAGAUCCUGAAGACCCAUCAUGAUGGCUUCGUUCAAUAUCCAUGCGGACCAGGAGAACCGGGUGCCUGAGUUCCGCAAGGGCAAGGAAGUUUCUGCCCCACUGCAACAAAAACGGACCGUUCUGGGAGUGAUUAAUGCCAAUGGACCCCACGGCCGAGGCGCCAAACCCGCGGAAAAGAAAGGCUCCUUCAAGAUCCAUGAGGAUGAUGGAGAAACAUUUCCCGUCCUUCAAGAGCUGAAAGUAAGCCAACCAGUGACAGCUCCUGUGGUUGAACCUAAGGUUGCUUCUCAAAAGACGAAGGAUGCAUCUCCCCUGUCACCAAAACUUGCAGAGCAGUCCAGCCCUCCACCGGAGCCUGAAAAUGACGUGUCUAUGUCUGAAGUUUAUCAGUCUCCCAUGCAAGUCGAUGUGUCCAUUGAUUCUUCUCCUAGAACUAGGAGCAAGGCAAUUGCCGAGAGAAUUCUUUUUGACAUGGAUGAGUACAGGGAUGACAUCUAUGAUUAUCUUCUUGAAGCAGAGACCAAACACCGAUCAAAACCGAAUUAUAUGAGGAGGCAACCUGACAUCACAUAUACCAUGAGAACAAUCUUAGUUGAGUGGAUGGUAGAGGUAGCUGAAGAGUACCGUUUGCAGACUGAAACCUUGUACCUUGCGGUGUCUUAUAUAGACCGCUUCCUUAGUUUGAUGUCUGUGGUUAGAGCCAAGCUCCAGCUUGUUGGUACUGCAGCUAUGUUCAUUGCAGCGAAAUAUGAAGAAAUCUAUCCACCUGAUGUUGGAGAGUUUGUGUACAUCACUGAUGACACCUACACCAAGCGCCAAGUCCUACGUAUGGAACACCUCAUCUUGAAAGUUCUUGCCUUUGAUAUCUCCUCACCAACUCCUCUUGUGUUUAUCACCAACUACUGUGUCUCAUUUGACUUCUCUGAACGAGUUAUGUUCCUUGCCAUGUACCUAUGCGAGCUGUCCCUUCUAGAAGGCGACCCUUAUCUUCAGUUUUUGCCAUCAGUUUUGGCGUCUUCUACUGUAGCGUAUGCUCGACACAGUUUGGGAAUGGAAGCGUGGCCUGCUGAUGUUGCUGACAGCACUGGCUACCAGUUGUCAGCAUUAAUACCCUGCCUCACUCAUUUGAACACAACACACUCUAGGGCUCCUCAUAUUCCUCAGCAGGCAGUCAGGGAGAAGUACAAGCACAACAGAUGGCAUGGAGUAUCUUUAGUCAGUCACCGCCCCAUGGUCUUCAAGGAUGAUGUAUUGGUAGUGGAUUAACUUUCAAUAUUGUUAAUGUUAACUGCUAUCACUGCCAAAAAGUUACAGGUUUGUUGGAGUCAAAGUAUUUUUGUGUUAUCUUGGUUAUUCUCAAUUUUGAGAUGCUCCAAUUUAUUUUUCUAAAGGGCUGGAGCCCUUAACUAAUCUUUGAGAUUACCUAGUUGUACAUUGUUGAUGUAAUUGACUGUUUCCUUAGGUCUUAGGUUAAUCCCAUGCAUUCUCUUUCAGAGGAAUGUAGGUGUUUUCACAUUUUGUACAAUCUGUAUUAUAGUGUUUUGUAUUAGUUUUAAUGUUAAAUUAUUUCAGUCCAUUAUGAAUGACAUUACUGACUAUUAUAAACUCUCAUUUUAAUCUGUGAUAAAACAGUUAAACACUGUUAAUCCAAUGAAAUCACGUUUCGCCUUAUCUCAGAAUUUGAAUCACCAUGUUUCUAUAUGUGUAAUAGCGGUAAUUUUUGCUAAUUUAUUCUUAAGCCUGAACUGAAUUAUUUCUUCAUCCAGUCCCUCCUGUAGUCAGGAGGGAGCAGAAGUAACAGUUUUGAUUUAUCUUGUUUUCAUCUAUCAGAAACUUUGAUCUUCCUGACAUGGGAGUGUUGAGCUCUAGAUUAAUUUCUAAACUGGUAUGGUUUGUAGGAAUUCAUAAUGUUCUUCGUGUGCAUUUUAUUUGAGUGAUUAAUUUAUGUGCAGCUUAGACUUUGUAAAGUGGUUACCUGUUGCACUCUGUGUUUUUAAAAGUUGAACUCAUUUCAUGUAAUCUUUUAGUUGCUGAACUCUCAGUUUUCUUUCUUAAUGAAGCCUUAUGUAAAUAUUUUGUUUUGGCAAAUUGAGUUAUUUCUUUUCAAUUCGUUGUGUAUUGUGAAGGAAUAUGUAACAUCACUUAAUCUUUGUUCAAUUCAUUACAGGCUGUGCAUGCUUUGUAAGAGCUGAUAAGUUUCAAUAAAUUGACUGUAACCAUUGACUGUACAUAA